GUUCGGGUUCGGUAGUGGUUGUUCGCGACGCGGAUGAAUUUUGUUUAAAUGUGAAUUCUACGUAAUUCGAAAAUCUCUUUCAAAUCGGUCGUAUGCCGGAUGGUAAAACUGUUUUCGAAACAAAAGGGACAUUUUAAAAAUAUUUGUAGUCGACCAAAGUGAAUGUUAUAAAAACAAAAAACAUUUAUAAAAACGUUCUAAGUGGAAUUGAUUUGAAAAACAUUCAGUGAUUGCCAAAAAGUGGUAUGCUGUUAAGGCUUAAAAUUAAUUGUCAGUGAAUAAUUAAAACAAGAAAACGUUUGAAAAACUUUUUAAAAAGGAACUACAGAAUAUUCAACACAACGGAAUAAAUAUAAUAAUAUAUAUAUAAUACAUUAAAUAUUAAAUAUUAAAAAAAUUUCAAAAGGUGUCAAAAAGUGAGAAACAAAAGGAUUUCAAAACAUCUUGCAUAUUGGUUUUGAGUGAGGACAAAAAGAAACAGAAGUGAGUGUUUUAAAAACAGAUAGUCAAAAGUGACAAGUUUUGGAUUGUUAAAGCCAUGUUGUCCCGAAGUGUGCGACCAAACUAAAGCAAGGAUAAAACCGACUCAAACAGGACCUCCGUAUCAGCAAACUCAAUUCGAAUCGCGGAAUUCUUUUGCGUAUUUAAAUCACCAGAAAUGGAGGACGAACUGCGCUGUCCCACGUGCAAGCAGCUGUACGCCAAUCCGGUGCUGCUGCCCUGUUUCCACGCCCUCUGCUUGGGCUGUGCCCUGGACAUCCAGACACCCUACAGCCCGGGAUCCGCUCUUCCGGGGGCGGUCAACGGAUCGGGGGGAUCCUCUGCAGGGGGACACAAUGGGAUGCACGGCAAUGGCGGAGGUGCCGGCGGAGGAGGAGGAGGAACUGCCUCCGGCACAAAUCCCAAUGGGCCCGGCACCCGGCACAGCUCCCACAGCUCAGCCGCCAGCACGGCCAGCUCGAACACCGGAAGUGAGAGCGUCACCUCCGACCAGGACCAGUCGGACAAGGUGAGCAUCUUCAGCGAAGCGGACUCCGGCGUGGUCUGCUGCUCGAACACAUCGCGGCCGGUGUCCUACGCCGGCACAGGACUCCUGCCUGGAGUGGGCAACGUGGUGGCUCCGCCCGGAGCCGCCUACUGCCUCACCUGUCCGCUCUGCCGCAAGCUCGUCUUCUUCGACGACGGGGGCGUUAGGAACCUGCCCACCUACCGCGCCAUGGAGGCCAUCGUGGACCGCUUUUGCGCCCGCGAGGCGCUCCGCUGCCAGAUGUGCGAGACGGACCCCAAGGUUGCGUCCUUGGUGUGCGAGCAGUGCGAGAUCCGCUACUGCGACGCCUGCCGGGAGCUGACCCAUCCCGCCCGCGGGCCGCUGGCCAAGCACACACUGGUCAAGCCGCGCGGCGCCGCCCAGCAGCGGGAGUCCGUCUGCGGGGAGCACGAGGAGACCCUCUCCCAGUACUGCCUCAGCUGCAAGGCCCCCGCCUGCGGACUCUGCAUCGGGGAGCUGCGCCACCAGGCCCACGACGUCCAGUCCAUCAACGUCACCUGCAAAGCCCAAAAGACGGAGCUCUCGCACAAUCUGCAACAAUUGUCGGAGAAGGCACGUUCCACGACCGAGUUCAUCCAGCGCCUCAAAGGCAUGAGCGACAAAGUUACGGAAUCCUGCAUGGAGUUCGAGCGCCUCGUCCACGCCCAGUGCGAGGCCCUCAUCCAGGCCAUCCACGACAGACGCGAAUACCUGCUGGAGGCGAUUCGCAUGGACAAGGACACCAAGAUCAGGAUAUUGAAGGACCAACAGUCAAACUGCACUGGCAAAUUACAGCAGACCACUGGAUUGAUUCAGUUCUGCAUCGAGGCUCUGAAAGAGACUGACAGCGCCGCCUUUCUUCAGGUGGGUUCCAUGCUUAUUAAUCGGGUGACCAACACGGACAUGACCUGGCACCAGGAGGUCACUAAUGCUGCCCCUCGAGUUUCGCCCAUCGUGGAUUUGACCCUCGAUGAUGCUGCUUUGACACGUGCCAUAGAUAACUUGAACUUUAUCCAGAUGAAAGCCGUCAAAGAUGGAGAUGAAAGAUGUCCGGCAGCACCCAUGACUCCAACUAUACUGCCAUCGGAUUGUUCAGCCGAAAAUAAUUCGGUUACCGUUGCGUGGCAGCCACCAAAUCACUCAUUUGUCGAGGGUUAUGUUUUGGAAUUGGAUGAUGGCAGCGGUGGAGAAUUCAGGGAAGUCUACUGCGGCAAGGAAACAAUUUGCACCGUGGACGGCCUGCACUUCAACUCGAUGUACAACGCCCGGGUGAAGGCCUUCAAUUCCGCCGGAGAGGGUGAAUACUCGGAGCUGAUUGGACUGCAGACUGCCGAAGUGGCCUGGUUCACGUUUGAUCCCGUUCUGAGCGGCGGCGCCGGCUCGGGCUUAAUCUUCAGCAAAAACAACGCCACCGUGAGCGUCGAGGGCUGGGAGCACCGGGUGGCCCUCGGCUCCGUGGGAUUCUCCCGGGGCGUCCACUACUGGGAGUUCACCAUCGACAACUACACGGCAGAUACGGAUCCGGCCUUCGGAGUGGCCCGCAUCGACGUGGCCCGGAAUAAAAUGCUCGGCAAGGACGAGAAGUCAUUCGCCAUGUACAUCGACCGUCAGCGAUCCUGGUUCCAGCACAACUCAGUUCACGAGCGGCGAGUUGAGGGUGGAAUCACCACCGGAAGUACGAUUGGAGUACUUCUCGACCUGGAGAGGCACACUCUCAGCUUCCUGGUCAACGAGAUGCCCCAGGGAUCGGUGGCUUUCCGGGAUCUCUAUGGAGUGUUCUACCCGGCAGUGAGCAUCAACAGGGGAGUCACCCUCACCAUGCACACGGCCAUGGACGCGCCCAAGAUGGAUUACUUCUAGGGAAGGUUGAGGCGGGUCAGAAGUAGCAAAUUGUGUACAUAGAGCUUGACAUUUGGCAGUUAUCGGUGUCUAUAUAGCAUUACCUUAAUACGAACAGUUUACUCAGACAGCUUACAUAUAGUAUAUAUUGUGUGUACGUGUAGUUUCGGGCAAGGUUCAGCGACAUAUCUCCAUUUAAUCGUAUCUCUAUUCGUAGUUAUAGGCACUGUUUGUAAAACGCUGCGCCAAUUCGGAGAGAAAUUAUUAAAAAUAAUUGAAAGCAUUUAAAGGUAACUCGAUGUAAAAUAUAAUAACACAGCUCUGAAUGUUUUUCAAAACAAAUAUGAAGCCAAAAAUCAAGCACCGUGCAACAUAAAAAGUUAAAUCGCGAACACCAAAAAAACAAAUCUAAUUUAAACGCAAGCGAAUGAAAAACUAAGGUAAAAUCCAAUUAGCAAUUAGUGUAGCUAAAAAUCUGCAUCUGUAUGUCAUCACACGUACGUGUGUUAAGGUUAAUGUUUAUGGGUAAAAAACGCAUUUGUUUGAGGCUAAAACGAAAUCAAAAUCAACGUGUUGGGGAAGUUUUUUUAUUUUAAAGACUGAAAUAACAUGUUUUUAUAAGUACGAUAGCAGAAACACGGACAGGAACACAAGAAAGGCCUCCUUUAAAAGUGCGAAAAUAAUCGCUGCACCCCCGACAAAAUUGUUCCCCAAAUUUACCUAAUCGUAGUAUCUUUCAAUAUUCAAGAGCACUGCAAAAUCUGCAUUAAUUAAAUGUCCCCAAACACGGAAACCAAUUUAAAGCCAAGAGUUUCGCUUAUAAAAUCAAAUAUGCAUCAGAAUAUUAAUAUUUAAUGUACAAUUAGGUUCCCUGUAAAUAUUAAUGUAUUUUUUACUAAACAUUCGGCUAUUCUACUUUUUUUCUAUUAAGGUGUAAUACAUACAAUUAAAUUCCAAUGUGUGUACGGACUAUUUAUACUUUUCAACUUAAGCCUAUCUACAGCGAAAAAAACAAUUAAAGUUAAUUACCAGUACUAUGCAUGUUUAAAUAUUUAUAAUAGUAAUAAUAUUAAAAUCCAAACAAACCGAAGAGCAAAAAAAUGUAAUUGCAUGGGCAACUACAGGCACACAUAUAAAUGAGUUUAUUAAACAAAAAAGCGGAAACAAAAUAAAUAUGAAAAAAGGCAUAA